CUUCUGGCAAAAGUCCGGACAGUCCCAGCCGGUAGAUCCGCGUAUCGUCGCACAGCUGAACCUCCUCCGGAGAAGGUCUCUCUGUAGUUGCCGGUUAGCGUCAUGUCGGGCGUUGUGGAUACUAAAUUGUACGACAUCCUCGGAGUUUCGCCGUCUGCGUCUGAAAAUGAACUUAAAAAGGCCUACCGCAAAUUGGCCAAAGAGUACCACCCUGACAAGAACCCUGAAGCUGGAGACAAGUUUAAAGAGAUAAGUUUUGCAUAUGAGGUAUUGACAAACCCAGAAAAAAAGGAGCUUUAUGACCGCUAUGGAGAGCAAGGCUUACGGGAGGGAGGAGGAGGAGGACCUGGCAUGGAGGAUAUCUUCUCUCACAUUUUUGGUGGAGGACUGUUUGGGUUCAUGGGGGGACAAGGAAGAGGACGCAAUGGAGGCAGGAGGAGAGGAGAUGAUAUGGUACACCCGCUGAAGGUUUCUCUUGAAGACUUGUACAAUGGUAAAACCACAAAACUGCAGCUCAGUAAGAAUGUGCUGUGUAGUGCCUGUAAUGGUCAGGGUGGUAAGGCAGGAGCUGUGCAGAAGUGUGUAGCAUGCAGAGGACGGGGCAUGAGAAUCAUGAUUAGACAGCUGGCCCCAGGAAUGGUUCAGCAGAUGCAGUCAGUCUGCACAGAUUGCAAUGGGGAGGGUGAAGUGAUAAAUGAAAAGGACCGCUGCAGAAAGUGUGAGGGUCAUAAAGUCUGUAAGGAGACUAAGGUUCUUGAAGUUCACGUGGACAAAGGCAUGAGACAUGGACAGAAGAUCACAUUCACUGGAGAAGCUGACCAAGCACCAGGCAUGGAACCAGGAGAUAUAGUUCUGGUGCUGCAAGAGAAAGAACAUGAGGAUUUCCGCCGUGAUGGCAGCGAUCUUCACAUGGUUCAUCGUAUCGGCCUGGUUGAGGCUCUGUGCGGCUUCCAGUUCACAGUCACACACCUCGACGGACGUCAGUUGCUUGUUAAAUACCCACCUGGAAAGGUCAUUGAGCCAGGUGUGAAUGAUAAGCCCCUUUUCAGACAUUCAGACAGAGAUAACAUUCAUUAA